GAGGAGCUCUCCCCGCGUUUUCGUCCGGUAAUAGCUAGCUUCAGGAUCUUUGAAUCAAACACUUGAUCCAGGCGUUUACGGAACUCAUUGACUUGCGAUUAUAUCGAGUGUACUACUGCACAAGAACAGCAAUGGCACCCACCGACACCAUCGCCCUCGUUCUCGGCGCCCUCACUGCUGGCGGCGGUAUCACGGGAUAUGUGCGCACAGGAUCCGUCCCCUCUGUUGCAGCGGGCGUGACGGUCGGAUCGCUCUACAUGCUCGGCGGCUACCGCAUCCGCAACCGCGCCCCCUACGGCGUCGAACUCGCCCUCCUCGCAUCCGUCAUCCUGGCCGGAAGCUCCAUCCCGCGCGCCGUGAGGACGGGAGGGAAGCCGUUGCCCGUGCUGCUCAGUGUAUUGGCGACGUAUGGGCUUUGGACGUUUGGGACGGCGUUUUCGAGGGGGAGGGUGAAUUAAAUGGGGAAAUGUGCGUGGAGAAAGGGAGAUCGACAAUACAGAGAUGAUGAGGACCUUGCAAAGGGCGAGGAAUAUAUGCGAUGUUCUCUGAUUCUGGUCUUUGGGCCGAGUCUGGGCUGUGGUGUCGUGCUUGUGAUGGGGCUGCAGCGACGAAAGGGGUAUUACUAAGCAAACAUUCAGUGGAAG